AUGUUCUUGAUCUUCUUUUAUGUGAUCAUCUAUCAGGUUAUCUACAAGUGCGGCUACCUGGAGAUGCCCGAUGUGGGCAUCAGCAUGGUAAGUUCGCUCCGCUUCCCGGAUGUCACGAUCGAUUCCCAAAGGGUGCCGUAUUGCUCCCGAGGCGAUUCCUGCACAGGAGCAUCAGAAGAAGCGUGUCCAUGCCGCCGGUUUCGACCAGAAGAAGUGCUGCGCCAGAAUCAAGAUACCAUCAAUCUUGUCACAUCCGUCGCGUACAUCGACGAAUCAGGUGACGUUGCAAGAGUGGAGUAUGUCCCGGAUGUGGAGAACUACGAGUUGCUGUUGGAGCCAACUGUGUUUCAAAAACAUCAUGUGCCCGGCAUGGUGAAUGAAGUUGUACAAGGCUAUCAGAUUCAGGGCCGACUUUUUGUGGGAUCACGUGGUGAGCCGCCCAAUCACAUUCAUCACCAGCUUUGCAAGGAGAAGUCCAAGGUGAAAGAUGGCGCGUGGGCUCACCCAGAAGGCCAAAAUACCAGCCAGGCACCCUGCUAUAUUUCAUCCGAUGGGAAUGUGCUUGGCAAUGAUGUGUUUAAGGUGUCGACAUUGCUUGGGUCGAUGGGCAUAUCUUUAGAUGACAUGCGUGGUGUCGCUGUGUACACUGGCGAGAACAGGACGGCACUUCUCAAACAUGUCGAAUUGGUGGGACUUGCAGGGCUAAGGCGAGUAGGGCCAAACCCUAAUCACAAAAACAAGUUUCCGAAAAUUAGGGGUACCUUAGGGUUCCUUUAA